AUGGGACCCAAGGGCAGUACAAAUAAUGUGACGGAAUUGAUUCUCACCGGCCUCUUCCAGGACCCAGAGGUGCAGAGGGUGUGCUUUGUGGUGUUCCUUCCUGUGUACCUGGCCACGGUGGUGGGCAAUGGCCUCAUCGUGUUGACAGUCAGUGUCAGCAAGAGUCUGCAUUCCCCCAUGUACUUCUUCCUUAGCUCCCUGUCCCUGGUGGAGAUCAGUUACUCCUCUACUAUUGUCCCUAAGUUCAUCACUGACUUGCUCACCGAGAUUAAAACCAUCUCCCUGGAGGGCUGUUUGACUCAGAUCUUCUUCUUCCACUUCUUUGGGGUCACUGAGAUCCUUUUGCUCGUGGUGAUGGCUUAUGACCGGUACGUAGCCAUCUGCAAACCUCUCCACUAUAUGAACAUUAUGAGCCGUCAACUGUGCCAUGUACUAGUAACGGGUUCCUGGGUAGGCGGAUUUUUACACUCCAUAAUUCAGAUUCUUAUCACCAUCGAAUUGCCCUUCUGUGGUCCCAACGUAGUCGACCACUACUUCUGUGACCUUCUGCCAUUAUUCAAGCUGGCUUGCACUGACACUUUUGUGGAGGGAGUCUCUGUAUUGGUCAACAGUGGCUUAAUUGCCUUGUGUUCGUUCCUCAUCUUGGUGUUCUCUUACAUGGUCAUCCUGGUCCACUUGAGGAAUCAUUCCACAGAGGGGAGGCGCAAAGCCCUUUCUACGUGUGCCUCCCACAUCACAGUGGUCAUCUUGUUCUUUGGACCAGCCAUUUUUCUCUACAUGCGACCCUCUUCGACCUUCACAGCAGACAAACUGGUGGCUCAUUCUUCACCAGUGUCUGCAAAUGUCAAGAGCACUCGAAGCACUGGGUGA